CGGGCGGGCUCGGGGGCGGGGCGGGCGCGGCGCGGUCACGUGUGUACACAGGCCCGCGCGGCGUGCGCGCCUUGAGCCCCGCAGCCUCCCGGAGCCCCGAGCUGCCAACUCCCGCGGCGACUGCGCGGCCCGCGGCCCAGCGAGCUGCCCGCCAUGUGGAGCUGCCCGCUCAACGGCACGGGCGGUGACGACCCGCUGCCCUGCCUGCACGUCCAGCGGGCGCUGUCCGCGCUGUCGCUGCUUUACCUGCUGGGCGGCGUCCCCCUCGGCCUGGGCUACAACGCGCUGCUGCUGCUGGCCAACCUGCACGACCCGGGCGGCAUGACCAUGCCCGACGUCUACUUCGCCAACAUGGCGGCGGCGGGGCUGCUGCUCUGCGCCCUGGCGCCCGCGCAUCUGCUGGGCCCUGGCGCGGCCGGCGGGGCCACCUGGGACUUGGGCAGCGAGGUGCACGUCUCGCUGCUGGUGCUGUUCAAUGUGGCGGCGCUGGUGACACUCUACUCCACUGCCCUGUUGGGCCUGGACUGCUAUAUCGAGCGCGCGCUGCCACGCACCUAUAUGUCCAGUGUCUACAACACCCGACACGUGUGCGGCUUCGUCUGGGGCGGCGCCCUGCUCGCCGGCUUCUCCUCCCUGCUCUUCUACAUCUGCAGCCAGGUGGCCGCGAGGCUGGUGGAGUGCUCGCGGAUGCAGGACGCGGCGGCGGCCGACGCCAUCAUGCUGCUCGUCGGCUACCUGGUGCCCGGCCUGGCCGCGCUCUACGCGCUUGUGCUCCUGGCGCGGGUCCGCAAGGAGGACACACCACUCGACCGGGACGCGGGCCACCCGGACCCCUCGGCGCACAGGCUGCUGGUGGCCACCGUGUGCGCGCAGUUCGGGCUCUGGACGCCCCACUACCUGACGCUCCUGGGGCGCACGGUCUUGGCAGCGCGGGGGAAGCCACUGGACGGGCACCACGUGGGGACGCUGCUCCUCGCCAAGGACCUGUCCAGGUUCCUGGCCUUCGCCAGCAGCGCUGUGGUGCCGCUUUUGUACCGCCACCUCGACAGAAACUUCCCCGGCAAGCUCCGGAGACUGAUGAAGAAGCUGCGCCGUGGGCACCAGAGCUGUUCCCCGGACCAAGCGGGGGCGCAGCCGGUGACGGCAUAGACCCAGCGGGGUCACAGCCGGUGACGGCAUAGACGCUGCUCCAGGGGCACCGCCGGGGGCGGGGCGGGCCGCACUGGCCGGAAGCACAGCCCGCGGUGAUCGGUCCCCUGUGCCCGAGGCUCGCUCCCUCCUCCCAGGUCAGGCGACCAGGAGACAACGCUGACUCCAGCCCCUGCUCCCUCGCCCCCUGGAGAGGAGGCAGAACCAGGCACAGCCCCGUGGAGUUCCCCAGGCGCCCGUGUGAGGAUGAGCCGUGUCCUCGGUGCCCGGCCACCCUUGGGUGUGCUCGUCUCCUGCUUGCAACUUUCAGGUCCGCGCCUGCAACAGCCUCCUUCCCCUCGGGCGCAAACGAAGUAAUGAAAACCUAACGCCAGUAUUUAUACUUUGUACUGUUAAAAUACUAGCCCCCCCUCUUGUUUUAUGAGGAGAUGUUUGAUAGGAAAGUCAGAAGGUAUUAAAAUGAAGGAAGCUCAAACUCCAGUGGCGGGCCUCGGCAGGGCUGCAGGCGUCCCAGGGUGCGCGGGCCUGGUGGGAGGGGUCAGAUGGGGCGUCUGCGGCUGCCAGGUGUGCCCCCGCCAGCGCUGGUCCAGUGAGGGUCUGUCCUGCACAACUCCCCAAAGGGUGCACCAAAGUUGAGUGUCAAUAAGGUGAAGGGAGGAAAACGCUGUUAGGAUUUCUAAC